UUGAGAAUAUUGUAGGGUCAUUUUCAAUGAUCAACAUUAAUUUAAUCCUUACACCCCUACCUUAUUUUCCCCCUUGAAUUUCUCUUGAUGAUUUGCAGGAGUAUGGAGUAACUUUAUUUCUUUAUCGAACCCCAUAUCUGGUGGAUAUAGUAAGAGAGAACGUUGGUCGGGUGUUGAAAUUGGAUUCUAUUCAACAAGGUGAAGCUUGGAAAGGAAUGGAUAUGUUGAUUUUCAACUCUUGGCAUUGGUGGACUCACAAAGGAAAAUCUCAAGGAUGGGACUACGUGCAAGAUGGCUCGAAAGUGUCAAAAGAUAUGGACCGUUUGAUGGCAUUUUACAAAGGCCUAACAACUUGGGCAAGAUGGGUAGAUCAAAAUAUUGAUUCUUCCAAAACCAAAGUCUUUUUCCAGGGCAUUUCUCCCACUCAUUAUAUGGGUAAAGAAUGGGGUUCCUCAACAAGGAACUGCAAUUCAGAGCAAGUUCCAUUAUCAGGAUCAACAUAUCCAGCAGGAUUACCAGCAUCUGCAAUGGUCGUUAACAAUGUAUUAACUAGGAUUAAGACACCGGUUUAUCUCCUCGAUAUCACAUUUUUGUCACAAUUAAGGAAAGAUGCUCAUCCAUCAGCUUACAGCGGCGAGCACCCCGGUGUUGAUUGUAGCCAUUGGUGCCUUCCUGGAUUGCCUGAUACUUGGAACCAACAUCUUUAUGCAGCAUUGAUUAUAUGAGGAUGAAAUUAAUCCUCGUAUCAUGUUCUACUUGUGAUCUUCAUCUUCAUUUUUAGUCAACGGCUGCAGUAACUCUAACUGUCCUAAGGUGGUGAAAUUCCUUGUCGCAUAAGCAGCAACUUGCACGAAUGGCGAGACUAACAAUCUUAUAUUUUACAGAAUUAUUAUUUACAAAUACAGCAAUAUUGGCGAGACUAACAAUCUUAA